AUGUACAGGGUACGUUCUCAACCGGCCUUAUCCUUUAUAGACCUCCAGAUAGCCAAGGAAGGAUCACAGGCUCCAAGGAACGUUCCGAACAGCUUGUUGAAGAUGCUCCGCAUUGCCUCUAGAACCAUUGGUCCCGUGGGAUCCACUCGUCUUUGCCUAAGGGCCUUGUCUACUAAUAGCCCAAAGAUAUAUGACUUUGAAGAGAUCAAGAAAUUGGUUGAAAAGCCCGAUUCGACGAAGAUUCUGAUCGAUGUGAGGGAGCCUAGCGAGCUGGAGUCAUACAAGAUGCCCACGUCAAUCAAUAUCCCCUUGCAAAGCGCACCAGGUGCGCUGGGACUGCCUAAGGAAGAAUUCAAGGAAGUGUUCCAGUUCCCUAAGCCAGGGAAAGAUCAGCAACUGAUCUUUUUCUGCCUAAAGGGUAUCAGAGCCAAGGCAGCUGAGGAGCUCGCAAGGUCUUACGGCUACGAAGAUACGGGUCUUUACCCUGGGUCGAUUAACGACUGGCUGCAGAAGGGCGGAGCCGAUGUCACGCCAAGAUGA